AUGCUGAGAUGGGGGCGGCGGCAGCGGAAGCGGAUCGUACUCUCUUUGUGGGCAACCUUGAAACGAAAGUGACAGAGGAGCUCCUUUUCGAGCUUUUCCACCAGGUUAAUUUCCACGCAGUGGGAUAAUGAUGGUUGUUGGUGGCCUUGUUAAAGUCAUAAAGUGCUGUGAAAUGUAAAUUCAGUCGGUGAUUGGGUUUCCGGUUCCUUAUGGGCUCCCUCCCUCCAAGCUGGGCCAGUAAUAAAAGUGAAAAUUCCAAAAGAUAAGGAUGGUAAACCAAAGCAGUUUGCGUUUGUGAAUUUCAAACAUGAAGUAUCUGUUCCUUAUGCCAUGAAUCUACUUAACGGAAUCAAACUUUUUGGAAGGCCCAUCAAAAUUCAGUUUAGAUCAGGAAGUAGCCAUGCCUCACAGGAGGUCAGUUCGUCAUAUCCCCAGCAUCAUGUUGGAAGUUCAAGCCCUACUUCCACAUCUCCUAGCAGGUACGAAAGGACAGUGGAUAACAUGACUCCAUCAACACCAAUAAUUCAAAGAUCUUUUUCUUCUUCAGAAAAUUUUCAGAGACAAGCAGUGAUGAACAGUGUCUUGAGACAGAUGUCAUAUGGAGGGAAAUUUGGUUCUCCACAUCUGGAUCAAUCAGGAUUUUCCCCAUCAGUUCAGUCACAUAAUCACACUUUUAACCGGUCUUCAACCUCCCAGUGGCGCCAAGAUACACCAUUAUCACAGCGAAAAGUCAGACAGAAUUCUCAUACCUAUGCAGUGGAUAGACAUUAUAGCCGUGAACAGCGUUACACUGAUCAUGGGUCCGACCAUCAUUACAGAGGAAGCAGAGAUGAUUUCUUCUAUGAAGAGAGAAAUCCCGAUGGCUGGAGCCAUGACUAUGAUAACAGAAGAGACAGUGGUAGAGAUGGAAAAUGGCGCUCAUCUCGACACUAACAAGUGUUAAAAGGAUGUUUUCAUAGUGUCAUUCUAGGCCCUUUUUGUUAAGUUGUUUCUGGGAAUGUUUUCUUUAAAAAAGUCUAUAGAGCAGCUUUACAAGUUGGCACAUUUCUUUAUAAAAUUUUUAAAACCUAAUUGCAGUCCAAUACAGAAAUGAGAAUUGUGGUUCUAGUUUUAUUACAUUAAUAACCUUUCACCUCAGGGUUUUAAGAAGAGGAAAGGGUUUUAUGCUAAAGAAAGUGCACAAUUCCUAAUCAUUUUAGACAAUUGAGGAAGGGAUGUAUUAUUUGGAUUAGUUGUAUUAUGAAGCAAAUAUUUUAAUUAUCUGUUACCUUUUUGUAUUACAAGAAAUUUCUUGUUAGGGAAUCAGAUUUUUGGUGUAUAUAAUGGAAAACAUUCAAGUUGAUAGUCUGAAA